UCCUAAUCUGACCUGCCCCCCAACCUUUCUAAAGCCACCACCACCCGCAGCCCCUGGUUUUCGGUUAUGCUUUCUCCCCUUAUUCUCCGAGCCUCCGUUAUCUUUCUGCCCUUUCGGUGCCAUUAAACGGGCCUUCCCCCUCGACAGCAUCCCUUUCCGGGUUUUCUUGUUAGAGCACGUGGGCGUGUACACACACACACACCUCUUUGCAAGUACACCUCAUCCGAUUGCUUAGGUGCCCUCCCAUUUCUCUGCACCCAGCAGAGAAUUCCUAUAGGCCCUCCCCUCUUUUAAGUCUGUGGAGUAUCCUCAGAAAGCACCUGCCCCAACUGUGAACUGGCAGCUGGUACCGGUACCUGUGCAGGUAUGAGUACCAAGAAAGUAGCUCUCAUCACUGGCAUUACUGGCCAGGAUGGCUCAUACUUGGCAGAGUUCCUGCUGGAAAAGGGUUAUGAGGUACAUGGAAUUGUUCGUAGGUCUAGCUCUUUUAACACAGGACGGAUUGAACAUCUCUACAAAAACCCGCAGGCUCACAUAGAAGGAAGUAAGUGCGUGUCGAAAGAUAUGAAACUGCAUUAUGGUGAUUUGACAGAUAGUACUUGCUUGGUGAAAAUAAUCAAUGAAGUUAAGCCCUCUGAAAUUUACAACCUUGGAGCACAGAGUCAUGUUAAAAUAUCGUUUGAUUUAGCAGAAUAUACGGCAGAUGUUGAUGGAAUUGGCACUUUACGAUUACUAGAUGCUAUUAAGACAUGUGGUCUUAUAAACUCUGUAAAAUUCUAUCAAGCCUCAACAAGUGAACUUUAUGGGAAAGUGCAAGAAAUACCUCAAAAGGAGACUACUCCAUUUUAUCCCAGAUCUCCAUAUGGGGCAGCCAAACUCUAUGCAUAUUGGAUUGUGGUAAAUUUCAGGGAAGCCUAUAACCUCUUUGCUGUGAAUGGUAUUCUUUUCAACCAUGAGAGUCCCCGGAGAGGAGCCAAUUUUGUAACUCGAAAGAUUAGUCGUUCGGUUGCUAAGAUCCAUCUGGGACAAUUGGAAUGCUUCAGUUUGGGAAAUUUAGAUGCCAAGAGAGACUGGGGUCAUGCCAAGGACUAUGUUGAGGCAAUGUGGCUAAUGUUGCAGAUGGGUGAACCAGAGGAUUUUGUCAUAGCUACUGGUGAGGUCCACAGUGUCCGUGAAUUUGUGGAGAAGGCAUUUCAGAACAUUGGUAAAACUAUUGUGUGGGAAGGAAAGGAUAAGAAUGAAGUGGGCCGAUGCAAAGAAACAGGCAAGAUUCAUGUGACAGUUAAUCAUAAAUACUACAGGCCAACGGAAGUAGAUUUUCUACAAGGCGAUUGUACCAAAGCAAAGCAGAAACUCAAUUGGAAACCUAGUGUCACUUUUGAUGAGCUGGUGAAUGAGAUGGUGAAAGCAGAUGUGGAACUGAUGAGAAAUAACCCCAAUGCAUGAAUCGGCCCCUCUUUCUCUAUUUGCUCCGGGGAUGAAACCUAAUGAUGAAUCAUCCAGAAGACAGUUGUUGGAUGUUGGUGAGGCUGGAGAUGCUAAGCUUCAAUGGUGUUAGAUGAUUUGUUGCUGCCAUUUUAUUUCCUUCUGCUUUCCGCAAUGGAUCCCUUCUUUUUCUUUCCUUUUUUUUUUUUCCAAAUUCGAAUCCUGCAUCAUGCUUUUAUGUUCCUUUCUGAGGGGGAGUUUGAAGCAGAGAGGGUUGUUUGCAAUAUAUAAUCAAAAUUGAUCUUGUAAUUUCAAAACUUUUUCUUUUGAUAUUAAAAAUAUAUUUCCAUA